CGGGGUUAAGGGAGGGGAAACCCGCAGAAGGUUUGGGUGUGCAGUGGAAGAGUGUCGCUCCGGUUCCGCGUGGAAAGGUUGACUGGAGAGCGGCAGGAAAGUGUGAGUGGUGAUCCCAAGAUGGAGGUGACGUUAACAGCCAGCGAGAUCCGCCAACGGUUCAUCAACUUCUUUGUGGAGAACCAGCACACCUAUGUGCACUCCUCAGCCACCAUCCCCAUGGAUGACCCGACUCUGCUCUUUGCCAACGCCGGCAUGAAUCAGUUCAAGCCCAUCUUCCUCAACACAAUCGACCCCUCUCACCCCAUGGCAAAGCUGACCCGAGCAGCCAACACUCAGAAGUGCAUCCGGGCUGGCGGGAAGCACAAUGACCUGGACGACGUUGGCAAGGACGUCUACCACCACACUUUCUUUGAGAUGCUGGGCUCCUGGUCUUUCGGAGAUUAUUUCAAGGAGCUGGCUUGCAAGUUUGCCCUGGACCUGCUCACCAAAGAGUUUGGCAUCCCUAUUGAGAGGCUAUAUGUCACAUACUUUGGUGGGAAUGAAGCCGCUGGUCUGCAACCAGACUUGGAUUGCAAGCAAAUCUGGCUGGAUCUAGGUUUGGCAGAGAGUAGGAUUCUUCCGGGCAGCAUGAAGGAUAACUUCUGGGAAAUGGGAGACACUGGGCCAUGUGGACCUUGCAGCGAGAUGCACUACGAUCGAAUUGGAGGCCGGGAUGCCGCCCAUCUCGUCAAUCAAGAUGAUCCCAACGUGCUGGAGAUUUGGAACCUGGUGUUCAUACAGUACAACAGAGAGGCUGAUGGGACCCUGAAACCUCUUCCCAAGAAGAGCAUUGACACGGGCAUGGGCCUGGAGAGGUUGGUGUCGGUGCUUCAGAACAAGAUGUCCAACUACGACACAGAUCUCUUCGUGCCCUACUUUGAAGCUAUCCAGAAGGGCACUGGCUGCAGGCCCUACACUGGGCGGGUCGGGGAGGAAGAUGCUGAUGGCAUAGACAUGGCCUAUCGUGUCCUGGCUGACCACGCCCGAACCAUCACAGUGGCCCUUUCAGACGGUGGAAGGCCUGAUAACACCGGCAGGGGGUAUGUUCUGAGGCGCAUCCUCCGACGUGCUGUGCGCUACGCCCACGAGAAACUCAACGCCCCCAAGGGAUUCUUUGCUGGCCUGGUAGACGUGGUGGUGCAGUCCCUGGGCGAUGCCUUCCCUGAGCUGAAGAAAGACCCUGAGAUGGUGAAAGACGUCAUCAACGAAGAGGAGGUGCAGUUCCUGAAGACGCUGAACAGAGGGCGCCGCAUCCUCGACAGGAAGAUUCAGAGCUUGGGAGACUGCAAGACUAUUCCUGGAGACACUGCAUGGCUGCUCUAUGAUACUUACGGUUUCCCUGUGGAUCUGACCGGCCUCAUUGCAGAAGAGAAAGGCUUGAAGGUGGACAUGGAGGGUUUUGAGGAGGAGAGGAAGUCUGCCCAGCUCAAGUCUCAGGGCAAGGGAGGUGGCGAUGAAGACCUCAUCAUGCUGGACAUCUACGCCAUUGAAGAACUCCGGUCCAGGGGCUUGGAGGCCACAGAUGACUCUCUGAAAUACAACUACACAUCGGACCCCAGUGGCAGUUAUGAGUUCAGUAGUGCGGUGGCCACUGUCAAAGCCCUCCGCCGGGAGAAGGCCUUUGUGGAGGAGGUGUCAACGGGCCAAGAGUGCGGGGUUGUCUUGGACCACACCUGUUUCUACGCUGAGCAGGGCGGGCAGACAUACGACGAAGGCUACCUUGUCAAGGAGGAUGAAGGCAGUGAGGAUAAGACAGAGUUCACGGUGAAGAAUGUCCAAGUGCGCGGAGGUUACGUGUUGCACGUGGGCACCGUCUAUGGGAGCCUGAAGGUGGGAGACACUGUACGGCUGUACGUCGAUGAGCCCAGGCGGCGGCCCAUCAUGAGCAACCACACAGCCACCCACAUCCUCAACUUUGCCUUACGAGCUGUGCUGGGCGAGGCCGACCAGCGAGGCUCCUUGGUGGCUCCAGACAGGCUGCGCUUUGAUUUCACAGCCAAGGGAGCCAUGUCCACCCAGGAAAUCAAGAAGGCGGAAGAAAUUGCGAAUCAGAUGAUUCAGGAAGCCAAGGUGGUGUAUGCCAAAGAUUGUCCCCUGGCAGCUGCCAAAGCCAUCCAGGGCCUCCGCGCAGUGUUUGACGAGACAUACCCUGACCCCGUGCGCGUGGUCUCAAUCGGCAUCCCCAUCGAGGAUAUGCUGGCCGAUCCCUCCAGUGGUGCAGGUGCCCUGACGUCGGUCGAGUUCUGCGGGGGAACGCACUUGCAGAAUUCUGCUCACGCCGGUCACUUUGUCAUUGUGUCCGAGGAAGCAAUUGCCAAGGGCAUCCGGCGCAUAGUGGCUGUCACCGGAGCAGAAGCACACAAGGCACUGAGGAAAGUGGACAUCCUUAAAAAGCUACUCUCUGACCUGGAAGACAAGGUGAAGGUGCAGACCGCCCCCAACAAAGAAGUCCAGCGCGAGAUCGCAGACCUUGGCGAGGUGCUGGCCGUCUCCGUCAUUCCCCAGUGGCAGAAAGACGAACUCCGAGAGGCCCUCAAAGCCCUGAAGAAGGUGAUGGACGACCUCGACCGUGCCUGCAAAGCAGACAUCCAGAAACGAGUUCUGGACAAGACGAAGCAGCUCAUCGAGGCUCACCCCAACCAGCCACUGGUCAUUCUGGAAAUGGAGAGUGGUGCUUCUGCAAAGGCACUUAAUGAAUCUCUGAAGCUGUUGAAGACUCAUUCACCUCAGACAGCAGCCAUGCUGUUCACCGUGGAUAAUGAAGCCAGCAAGAUCACCUGCUUAUGCCAAGUCCCUCAGGAGGUCGUUGGCAAAGGGCUCAAGGCCAGCGAAUGGGUGCAACAGGUGUCUGGGCUGAUGGACGGCAGGGGGGGCGGGAAAGACCUCUCUGCCCAGGCCACAGGCAAGAACACUGACUGCCUUGAAGAAGCCCUGAAGCUGGCAACAGACUUUGCCAAGCUCAAGCUGGGUGAGCUGAAGAACUGAUCCCCAGCUUGUGGAGCAAACUCAAAAAGGGAGCUGCUUGGCCAAUAGGUUAGGAGUUCUACAUUAGCGUUAUGUCUGUGGAGACAAAGACUGCACAUUAUUGUCCUUCUAAAUUCAGCCUCUCGGGCACUAACCAAACAAGGUGGCCCUGUAAGGUGAUGACUUGAUCACAGGACACCAGAGCCCAUGACUGCACAAGUUCUGAUCUUGUAUCACGGUGAUAUAACUGAGCUGCCUCAAGGGGCCUGCUGCCAACUGAGUGUCCUCCUUUUUUGCACACAGCCAUUGGGACACGUAGAUGCUUCCUAACAUUCUAAAGUUUAAUUCUGCAGUGCUGCUCCUGUUGCACCGUUUGAAUGGGGCUCUGCACAGCCACCUCCGUCCAUGCUCAAGCACUUGAAGCAUUUGCUGUAACGUGAGCAUGUGCAGGGGGUGAGCAAUCAAGGCUGCUAUAAUCUCUUUCGUUGUAACUGGGUAACCCUUGCUUCGGUUCGUAGUGUUAAUCUCUGUUGUAGCAAAGCCUUACCUGGGCAGACUUGCCCUGGCAUGAGGACUUCUGAUCAGAAUAGGUUCAGUGCUGAAUAAAUGAACAGAUGUGUGUUUAAGUGAA